AUGGCGCGUGGUUUCGCCAAAGGCGAUCGUGUGGCUGCAGAAGCUAAAUGGAUCGAGCUUGCCGGUGCAUUGAACGCAAUUGGACCUCCAAUUAAAGAUGUUGCGGGAUGGGAAAAGGUUUGGUGCGAUUGGAAGGCGAAUAUUCGCAAGAAAAUUGCCCAGAAUAAGGCAGAGGUCAGGGCUACGGGCGGGGGUCCUUACUGCCAGCAACCGCUGACAGCCAUGGAGGAGGACGUGGCAAAGCUCUGCGGGCUCUUUGAGAUGGUCGAGGGAGUUGGUGCUGUGGCAUAUGGAGCACCAACCACCAUAAUAGAAGAAGAGGUGGCUGAGGAAAAAGCCGAGGAGAUUGCCACAGAGGAGGAGGAACCGAGCCGCAAGCGUCGCCGCACAGCUGCUGCGGUUGACUUGCGGAGUCUGUGCGUAGCUCAAGUUCAGGAAAUGAAGUUAAUCAAUUCAACAAUUGUCCAAAGCAUUUCGAAAAAAUGGAAAGUCUUUGCACAAGAGGACUUGCAUUUAAAAAAGGAGCAUUUCCAAAAAAAUGGAAACUCUUAG